GGAAAUAAGGGGAUCAAAGUACCUGGACGACCAAACCAUAACAGAGAGUCAUUUACAUCUGCUGAAAUCAGUGCAAACAAAACUGACCCUCCUGGAGUUCAUGUGAACCGACUCCCUUCUACAAGUUCAGGCACCUUAAGCAGCUCAGCUUCUGUGCAGGGAUCACACAAUAUUGAGAUGCCAACUUCUGUAAAUGGUUCAUGUGGGGUUCAGGGUGGCCCUAUAUCCCACAUCAAAAACAACUCAUCUAUGCCUCUAAAUUCUGCUCCUUGUCAAGAAUCAGUCACCAAAGACCAGCCAGUGGACCCUUCCUCAUCAUUGGUCCAUGUGAAGCAGGAAUCGAUUGAUCAAAGUUUCGACCAGGCACAGGAGCCUUGUUCUUUGGUUCAGCAAGGCAUGUCUGAUGCUCCAAUGAAACAGAGCAUUGGUAACCCAAUGAGGUCAAAUGAUGACUUGGAAAAGCAGUCUUCUAAAAUGUUUUCAUCCACAUCUACCACACAUGCAAGCUUUGUUUCUCCUUUAAUGACAAAACAGCUGGACUCUAGCACAAUGGUUAAAUUCCCUCCCCCGUCUGGGACCAUUCCCACAAGUGCUAGUGUUAGGACGACACCCAAAAUGCCUUGUCAGAAGAAACCUCUUGAGGCACAAGGUUCUUCGCUGCCACCAUCGAGCAAGAAGCAAAAAGUGCGUGGGACUUGUAAAGAUCGAAGUAUUGAGAAGUUUAAUGAUGUCACUGCACUCAGUGGCAUCAAUCUUGUGGAAGAGGAGAAUAAACUAUUAUCUUCUGAGCCUAAAAAGGACGGUCAGGUGUCUAAAGCAUCUCGACGAGUUGUGCUUGAAGAGGAAGAAAGAACGAUUUUGCAGAAAGUUCCACUGCAGAGAAAGCUGGCAGAAAUUAUGGCAAAAAGUGGCGUAAAGCAUAUAAACGUUGAUGUCGAGCGGUGCUUGUCUCUGUGCGUGGAGGAAAGGAUGCGUGGACUGUUGUCUAAUAUAAUCCGAAUAUCAAAGCAGCGGACUGAUGCUGAGAAGGGUAGAAAUCGGACUUGUAUCACAUCUGACAUUCGGAAACAAAUUAACGAAAUGAAUCAGAAGGUGAAAGAGGAAUGGGAAAGGAAACAUGGUGGAGAAGAAAAGCUUACGAAUGAAAAAAAUGAUACUGCAAAAGAAGAUGAUUGUUCAGAACAAGUGAAGGCAAACAAGAAGAAAGAAGACGAAAAGAGAGCUAACGCUGCAAAUGUUGCUGCCCUUGCAUCCAUUGGAGGAGAUAAUCCCUUUUUAAAAUGGAAACUUAUGGCAGAAGCACGUCAGAAGUCUUCUUCAGGGGCAGAAAGAAACGUUAAGAAACCUUCUGAUGAAACAGGUGAUAGAAGAUUUGGGAAGAGCAAAGGUUCACCGAAAGUGGUCCGGUCAAUCUCUGUGAAGGAUGUGAUUGCUGUGGUGGAAAGUGAGCCUCAGAUGUCUAGAUCGACGCUAUUGUAUCGCUUAUACAAUAGAAUCUCUGAUGUUCCAACACAAGAGAAGACAUAG